AUGAAUAGCAGAGUUUCAAUCAACAAAAAGAGAUAUCAAUGGCUAGUUGGGAAAUUAAUUUACUUACCCCAUACUAGACCUGAUAUAUCUUAUGCAGUAAGUGUUGUUAGUCAGUUCAUGCAAGCUCCUUAUGAAGAGCAUAUGACAGCUGUUGAGCGCAUUUCGAGAUAUUUGAAGACAGCUCUUGGUAAGGGCUUGAUGUUCAAAAAGUCUGAUAAACGUUGUAUUGAAGCUUACACCGAUUCCGAUUGGGCAGGUUGUGUUGUUGACAGAAAGUCGAUGUCUGGGUAUUGCACCUUUGUCUGGGGUAAUCUAGUUACUUGGAGGAGUAAAAAACAAGGGGUUAUAGGCAGAAGUAGCGUUGAAGAUGAGUAUAGAGUCAUGAGCCUAGGGAUAUAUGAAGAGAUUUGGUUGAAGAAAGUGUUGACGGAUCUUUAUCAAGACAGUGAACUACCGAUGAAAUUUUUUUUGUGA